AUGCCUGAGAUCAUCCUCUCGAUCAACGCAGGAUCCUCUAGCGUUAAGAUCUCCGUCUACAAAACCCCGGAGGAUGGUGCCUCGGUACCGAAACAACUUGCUGAAGCAACUGUCGAAGGCCUAACUGCGCCGCCUGCAAAGCUCAAGUAUGAGCGUGGAGACGAAAAGAUCAAGGGAAAGGAGCUAGAGAAUGUUACCUCACAAGAAGACGGAUUCCGCUACAUCCUAGAUCACCUGACCAACGAUGAAGGCCUUCCUGAACUCAACCACAAAGAAGACAUCCGCUUCACGUGCCAUCGCGUCGUUCAUGGCGGUGACUACCCCAGAAGCCAGGUCAUCGAUAAGGAAACAUACCACCACAUAGAAGAGCUUUCGGAUCUAGCCCCCCUACACAACGCGCCUGCGCUCACCAUCGUUCGAGCCGUAGCAGACAUCCUGCCACACGCAAAGAACAUCGCUUAUUUCGACUCCUCGUACCACAACACACUGCCAGAGUAUAUAUGCACCUACCCAAUCGACCAAACGGUCGCACAGAAAAACAAACUGCGCAAAUACGGUUUCCAUGGCAUAAGCUACUCGUUCAUCGCAAACGCCGUAUCAAAGCACCUGAACAAGCCGCUCGAUCAGAUCAAUAUCAUCGCUCUACAUCUAGGCUCCGGCGCUUCCGCAUGCUGUAUCAAGGGCGGCAAGUCGCUCGAUACGACCAUGGGUCUAACCCCCCUCGCAGGUUUACCAGGUGCCACACGCUCUGGCUCCAUCGAUCCAUCUCUCAUGUUCCACUAUACACACAGCGCAGAAAAACCCUCGCAUAGUUCUAGCGAGAAACUGCACAUUACGCAGGCUGAAGAGAUCUUGAACAAGAAUAGUGGCUGGAAGAGUCUGACCGGGACUACUGAUUUUGGGCAAAUCAGCUCUUCCGAGAGAAAGGAGGAUAAAUUGGCGUUUGACAUCUUCGUCGACCGUAUUCUGAAUUAUGUGGCUCCCUACUUUACCAAGUUGGAUGGUGAGGUCGAUGCUCUUGUUUUCGCGGGGGGUAUUGGUGAAAAGGGAGGAAAGCUGAGACAGGCUGUCGUCCAAGGAGUUAGGUGUUUGGGUUUCAAGAUUGAUGAAGACAAGAAUGCGAAGCAGGUUGAGGAUGUGGUUACCGACAUUAGUGCCGGGGAUGCGAGGUACAAAACGUUGGUCGUCCAGACAGACGAGCAAUUGGAGAUGGCACGGGGAAUCCUGGAGGAUAAAGAUAGGUUUGUGGGGAAGAAGUGA